UUGACAGAUUGAAAUCAGCUGGAAACAGUCUUAUUUACUUUGAGAACCGUUCGAAUAUUGUGAAAUGAUUUAGAAGAAAUUCUCGUGAAUAUCGUAAACAGACCUAACAAUAGCGAGAUGGCAUCAAAAGUAGUUGCUACAGCGACGGUUAGGGCAGUUAAAAGGAAACUUUUACCCACAAGAGCUGCACUCAUUUUGACACCCGCUGCUGUUACAAGAAUUAAGCAUCUCCUAGACGGAAAAACAGAAUACAUUGGAUUGAAGGUGGGAGUUCGUCAGCGAGGUUGUAACGGAUUGUCUUAUACGCUUGAUUACGCUACUACCAAAGAUAAAAUGGACGAAGAGGUAGUACAAGAUGGCGUCAAAGUUUUGAUUGACAAAAAGGCUCAAUUAUCGUUAUUAGGUACCGAAAUGGAUUAUGUAGAAACCAAACUAUCGGCGGAGUUCGUGUUUAACAACCCAAACAUCAAAGGGACAUGCGGAUGUGGAGAAUCUUUUAGUAUUUAAGAUUUGAUUUGUAAUGUUUCGGACUCAGUAGAAUAAUAAAUUUACGUAGAAUUACUUAAGUCAGGCGAUAUAGUAGUUUUUGGUAUGUAGAUAUGCUGUGCUAUUAGUUUUUGGUAAGUAGAUAUGCUGUGCUAUUAGCUUGUCAUAAGUAAACACAAUGCUGUACAUACUAUGUUGAAGUAUUUGACCAAAUAAAUCCAAUGUGCUAUUUAAAUCGAACAUGGAUUUUGUGGUGCGAGUUGGAAUUUUGUUUCAAGUAUCAAGAGAAUUCUAGAAAAGUCUUGUUAACUCUGCAAAAUAUAGAUAAAAAAUGUAUGUUGUAUAUGAAUAAAAUAGUGCCACUAAGCCUCUAAA